CUUGAACAUGCCGGACGCUAUAUAAAGAAUUCGUUCACAAUCAGCGUGGAGUGAUGCUGAGCGGUGUGUGACAUGGAGCCGGAUGAAAACCUGAAUCCUGACUCUGAUGACCUUCCUCUUCGUGCCAAUACAAACCACAUACUUGUCAGACACUAUGUGCUGGACCUGACUAUUGAUUUUGACAGGAAAGUCAUCGCCGGUUGUGCUGUGUUGUUCCUAGAGCCUCGUCCUGGAGGCAAAACUGGGUCUGAGGAAGAGACCAGAUCUGGUGCGGUGACUGGUGUUGACAGACAGACUCAGGAUGUGGACAUAACUGAUGAUGAUGAUGGUGAGGUUUGUGGUGAAGCAGGAGCUUGUGGUGCUAAGAGUGAUUUGGAGUCCACAGCAAGACACAGGGAAGGAUGGAAAGGUGACUUUCAGGCUGCAGGUGAAUCUAAAAAUGUCCAGUCUCCCCCCUUGUGGGAAACCACCAGUGAUAGUGAUUUCACCUUAGUACUGGACUGCUGCGACCUCGAUGUGUCAAAAGUUGAAGAAGUUGAUGUUGGCUCUGUGUCAGCCAUGUCUUGCCUUUCAGUGGAGCAUCCACCGGAGACAGCAGGGUUCGCCUCAUUGACCCCACAAGCAGCCCUCAUUCAAAACCUCAUCUCCAUGCCCUCGAAUCUAUGGCGGCAGCAGCACCAAUGUUAUUCACAGUGCAGCAGUGCUCCGUGUGCUCAGGACGGUAACUCCCUGCCAUUUCAUACUGACCGCUGGAGUCUGCAGGUGAGAAAGAAGGGGGCAGCGACCUCUCAGGAGUUCCCUAGAGUCCUCAGGAUUUUCUAUGAAACAAGACCAACAGGGGGCUCUGUGAGGUGGACCAAAGAUCAGGACAACAGGGUGUGUGUUUACACCGCCGGUUCUCCCAUCAACAACAGAGCCCUCUUCCCCUGCCAGGAGCCGCCUGUUGCCAUGUCAACAUGGCAGGCAACAGUACGGGCCCCCAGUGAGUGUGCGGUUUUGAUGAGUGGGGAGGAGCAGGCUGUGCCUCUUAAGGACGAGGACACACGUUUCUUAAUCUGGAAUUACCAUGUAACUAUGCCUAUGCCUGCCUCCACCUUCACUUUGGCAGUGGGCCACUGGUUCCGAGUCCCAGCAGAGCUUCCCCCUUCUUUGGAAACAGGGUUGAGGGACAGGGCAGAUUGCAACAACACAGACAAACCCAGGGCUGGAUGCAUUGAACGGACUGAGUCUGAACUUAAGCGGGGGCUUGGAAACUCCACCAGUGAAGUAGUUACACUCCAGACUGGCAGAGGAGACCAGACCACCCGCUCAGACUUUGCAUUCUGUUACUCUUCCCUUGAGGAUGAAGAGCUCUCUGUAACUGAUUAUUCAGGCAUGGUGGAUGACGGCAUCUCUUGUUCCCAUGGCGACUACCCUUGCCGAUUUACUAAGCAGCCGGCUAGGUCCCAGCGGGUGAUUCCACACCGUGUGUUUGCCCCCGUCUGCCUACAUCAGAAGGCCCAGGGAGUCGUCAAACUGCUGCCUCACUGUUUGGCUGCAGCUCACACUGUUUUAGGAGUUCACCCCUUUCCCCGUCUUGACGUUCUCAUCGUCCCUGCUGGGUUCUCCAGCCUUGGCAUGGCCAGCCCCCACAUCAUUUUCCUGUCCCAGAGCGCGCUGGAUGUAGGGAGUUCCGGCCGUAGUGAGAAAGGCCUGUCUCUUUGCGGGUCCAGGCUAUGCCAUGAAAUAGCCCACUCGUGGUUUGGCCUCGUCAUAGGAGCCAAAGACUGGACAGAGGAAUGGAUCAGUGAAGGCUUCGCCACCUACCUGGAGGAUAUUAUCUGGGCCCAAGCACAGAAACUCUCUUUACAAGAAACAGCAGAACAGUCUGACCUAAAGGCGCUGCUGAGGUGGAGACGACUCUCUGAUGAGCUGCAGAACUCAGAACAAGAACUUCAAAUCCUCAGACCCAACAUGGAGAGCACUGGUCAGGUCAGUGAGUCAGGUUCAUCUAUGGUUAAACAUGCCCUCAACCCUGACAAGACCUUCAUGCAAGUUCACUACCUCAAGGGUUACUUCCUCCUCAGAUUCUUGGCCAGUCAAGUAGGAGAGCAACAAUUCAUCAACUUCUUUAGAUUAUUUGUGAAAAAAUACCACGGACAACUCAUUUUGUCUCAGGAUUUCCUGAAAAUGUUGCUGAUUACCUUUCCCGACAUUGAGAGAAAAGGCCUCACCCUCAGUGCUAUUUAUGCUGACUGGCUUGAUCAACCAGGAAUUCCAAAGUGGCUGUAUGAAAGGAGCGCCGUGUGGUCACAGGCAAGGCUGCUGGAAGAAGUCAAAGCAGAGGUUGUAAAAUGGAUUCUCCUCAGUCAGAGUCAUCAGGGGAAGGGCAGAAAGCGGAAGAGAAUGGAGCCCAAGGUGAACUACAAAGAGUUGACGUCGGACCAGUUAGUGAUGCUUCUGGAGCUUCUUUUAGAAGAAACGGCAAUAAGCGCGGCAGCAAUGCACUCCCUGAAGGAAACCUACAGUCUACAGAAUCAAGACGCUGAAGUCAGACAUCGCUGGUGUGAGCUGGUGGUGAAACAUGGCUACACUCAGGCCUACAGGGAUGUGGAACACUUCCUCGUUCACAACCAAGCCAUGGGUGUGUAUCUGUAUGGGGAGCUGAUGGUUCAAGAGGACGCCGAGCAGCAGGCUCUGGCCCGUCGAUGCCUCUCGUUGGUCCAAGAGGAAAUGGACCAAUCAGCACGCAGAGUGGUGGAGGAGAUGAUCCUAUAAGCUUAGAGGUUGCUGACUCCAGAUGGAGAUGACAGCAGUUUGGCACAUCGGAUGUACAAGGUCCAAGCACUCAACUCCUCUUCCUUCGCAGGAGAAGGGACACCGUACAAUCGCUCAGCAGUGUGAACACCAGAAGGCUGCACUUUUACUCUACAGCCAAGGCCAACUGGCAAGGUUUAAAGCACAGCAGCUCUGUUCAUAGAAGUCUACAGAAACUGCUGGGGUGUAUGAAUUAGCAAUACCAACUAGCUACACUGCUGUUGGUUAGAGAUACAGUAAAAGACUGAAAGAUGUAUUUUACAUAUGAAAACAGUGCAGUUCCACCUGUGUUAAAGAACUCCAACCGCUUUGUUUAAGGCAAGUUUCUUUCUGUGUGAGCAUAGUGUCUACGUGAAGGUCCAUGUGUGUUUAGUCUGAAGCCAUGAUCUGGUUCUUAGGAGUUUAGACUGGAAAUACUUUGAGGGUAGUCAUGUUUUUAUACAUAAUACAUUACUUCAUUGUGACCUAUAAUAACACUGGAAAAUACUCAACAGAUGACACUUAGGACAUCUCUGUACUGUGAUGACAGCUGUGUUUACAUGUAAUGAUCAAGUAACAAUGGCAAACAAUGAUUCCUGUCUUUAACUUUUUGAUAUUUUAAUAAACAUUUGUUUUUUCAAAAU